CGAAAAAGUGGACUUUAUAAAAACCCGUAGAAACUCGACGAUUCUUUUUCUCUCUUCCUCUUCUCAACAAAGCCAACAGAAUCUUCGCGUACAAAUUCUCGGUUUCAUUUUUUUUUUUUUUCCAUUACCCACUUUUUCUCUUUCUCCAAACACAAAUAUUUUUUUUUUCUCUUUCACUGUAUUAGAAAUAUACCUAUAUAUACAUAUAUAUGUAUUUAUCUGUGUGUUUGUAUUAUAUAUACACACACAGAUCCUCAGUCUUUCUCUCUAUAUUUUGCUUAGUUUGUUGAAGAAAAUCCAUAACAGAGAAAGAAGAACAGAGAGAUAUAAUUACAAGAGAGAAAUAGAAAAAGGAAGUGAAAGAUCGGAAGAUGGGUUCGGUUCCACCGGAGCUGAGCUUGGAUUUUGCGCCGAGUUUUGUGCCGAAAACGAUAACUGAUUUUCUCAGGGACGUGUCGAUGAUCGGUAGCGUGUCGGAGAGAGCGUUGAAGCUCGAUGACUUCGUGAAAAGAUUGGAGGAAGAAAUGGGGAAGAUCGAUGCGUUUAAGCGCGAGCUUCCACUCUGCAUGAUUUUAUUGAACGAUGCGAUUUCAGUUUUAAAGGAGUCAAUGCAAUGCUCUGUGCCUAAUGAGGUUCAACCAGUGUUGGAGGAGUUUAUACCACUGAAGAAAGAUUGCGAUCAAAAUGAAGAAAACAAGAAAGAAAAGGAUUACAAGGAUAAGAAGAACUGGAUGAGUUCUGUUCAGCUGUGGAACACUGAGGAUUACUCCUCUACUGAUUGCACCAAAUCUAAUUCUAAAUUGGAUACAAAGAAAAGUGAGGAAGAAGGUGUCUUAGGAAGUGAGGAUCCAUUCCAGUCUAGUAGAAAUAGAAAUGGAGGCAGAGCAUUUAUGCCAUUUAAGGCCUAUCCGGGUUUUCCAGUGGCGAGGAAAGAGGAGAAGGAGGAAUUGCCAGUACAUGGACUUUCUUUGCUGACUCCGGGGAUUAAGAAUCCAAGGGAGGAAUCAGGCUCUAAUGGUUUGAGAACCAGCUGUGGCAAAUCUGUUUCCUCCUCUGCUCCUAAUGCUAUUAUACGGAGUGGGACACAGCAGUCACAGCAGCAGACGGCUAGGAAACAGAGGAGAUGCUGGUCACCGGAGUUGCAUAGGCGGUUUGUCAGUGCUCUGCAGCAACUUGGAGGCUCACAAGUGGCUACUCCAAAGCAAAUUAGAGAACUGAUGCAGGUUGAUGGGCUGACCAACGAUGAAGUUAAGAGUCAUUUACAAAAAUACAGACUUCAUACUCGAAGGCUUCCAAAUUCUACAGCAGCUGCUCCUGCAAAUCAAUCUGUUGUUGUUUUAGGGAGUUUAUGGAUGCAAGAUCAAUAUGGUGACUCUUCUAAGGCUAGCAGUUCCCAGUCUGGUUCUCCCCAAGGUCCCCUGCACUUAACUGGGAACACUGGAGGGACCUCCACCACAUGUGGUGACAGCAUGGAAGAUGAUGAAGAUGCAAAAUCUGAGGGCUAUAGCUGGAAAAGUCACACUCAGAAACCUGGAAAAGCUGAUGUAUAGAGUUCAUCUACCAUGAAAUUUUUGCAGAUAAGACAUAUACAUGGGAGGAGCUAAUUACUAUAUAAGAAAAUUACACUAUACAUAAAUGAGAAGGAUCUUGAGAGAGGCUGUGAAAUUUUGCAGGAUUAGCUUUCCUUGUGUCUCAAAUUUGAGUUGUUAUUUUAUUGCGGGAUUGGUAAGAGAAUUCUAAGCAAAAUCCAUGUGCGCAUGGAAGAAACAAGGCCAUUGACCCAUAUCGUAAAUCUCUUAGCUACCUAAUACUUGUUAUGAAUUUUUAAUGUUAGAAUCUUAGUUUGGACUUUUCUCUUAUUCCCUCAAACUUUUGUUUCUGCAGAUCCAUUGUCAAUGGAUAAUAGUAGGUCGACUAAUUGUUUCCAUAUUGUAGGUCUUUGUUCAUUCUAGGGGAAAGUGUUUCUAGCUCAUCAUGCUCUCAUCUUUGAAUUUAAGUAAUUGGAAAUCAUUUCACCAAAAUUUGUUAGAAUCUUUUCUGUUAUAAGAAUUUUGAGAGCUCCUAUCUGGAAUCCAUUUGAGAGUUAAGAUUGGUACGACUCUCAUAUGAGGAGAAAACCAUAAGUUGAGCCCCAUGA